AUGAACAUGUCGCCUCCCGAUGGCCACACACAGAGGUGUCGCGAGCUGGCUCAUCCAGACUUGCUCAACUUUGCCGUGUCCCUCUUCAUCGUCGUGGGCAUCCUCGUAUCCUACCUUCCGCAGCACUACAAGAUCAUCUCGCGACGCUCCUCUCGCGGCCUCAGCCCCAUGUUUGUGCUGCUGGGCACCGUCUCAGGCACAGCCAGCAUCGCCAACAUCUUGACCCUUCCGCAGAGCACCGCUGACAUGGCCUGCUGUGCUGACAUUGGCUCCUUUCCUUGCGUGGCUGCAUUGCUGGGCAUUGUGCAAAUUGGCGUGCAGUGGUCGUGUUUCUUCUUCAUCAUGCUGCUCUUUCUCGUCUUCUUUCCCCGUAGCCCUCCCGCAGCCGCCGCCGAGCAGCAAGACACAAGUAUGCCUACCUGGAAGGAGGCCGUGCUCGUUCUUGCCAUCUCCCUUGCCUUCUUCAUUGUAGCCUUUGUUGGCUCUGUCGUCUUCGUCUACGCGCUUCCCUCUCAUGUCCAAGCAUGGGCAAACUUUCUAGGUCUGCUUGCGACUGCCUUGGCCGCGAUCCAGUACAUCCCCCAGAUCCUCAUGACUUGGAGACUGCAGGAAAUUGGGAGCCUCUCCAUUCCCAUGAUGUGCAUACAAACCCCUGGAAGCUUUGUUUUUGCUGCUAGCUUGUAUGCUAGACUGGGCCCAGCAGGAUGGAGUGCAUGGGGUCUCUUUAUAUUUACAGGCUGUCUGCAAGGUUGCUUGCUUGUUAUGAGCCUAAUCUUCACGUGGAGGCAACGAAAAGACGCCAAGGCUGUUACGGGGGGGAAUCUGCCUGGUUCGCUGGCAGGCGACGACGAGCAGACGCCCUUGCUGCACCAGGAUUGA